GCCCACAGUUUCCAAACAAUCUCUUCACUUCACUCUCUUCCACACGUAUUCUUCUGCACUUCCCUCCUCACUUACUCAUAUAAAACAUUCUCUUCACUACACAGACAAGACUACUACUGUCUUAGUCCUUACCAAGUUAAGGAAAUGGCCUUCAACUUGGGUGCAUUUUUCUUGGCUUUUCUUGUCAUUGCAUCAGGGAUAAGGUUGUCCGAAGGCGUCAAGUUCACCAUCAUUAACUACUGCAAGGAGACAAUAUGGCCCGGGAUAACGCCUAACAACUUCAGCGGUGGAGGCUUCUCUCUGAAGCCGACUCAGUCUGCCGUCUUCACAGCUCCACCGGCCUGGAACGGGCGAAUAUGGGCACGGACAGGCUGCAAUUUCGAUAAGAACGGUAACGGUACGUGCCAAACAGGUGGAUGUGGGAGUAGCCUGCAGUGCACAGGGCCAGGCCACCCCCCUGCUUCAAUAGCUGAAUUUGCACUUGGAGAUAUUGACUACUACGACGUUAGCCUGGUUGAUGGGUUCAACCUGCCCGUCGUAGUAAAACCGGUAGGUGGUAAAGGGAACUGCAGCUCUGCAGGUUGUGAUGCUGACCUUCGGCCUAACUGCCUGCCCGAGCUAACAUUGAGGGCAGACGGGAGGACUGUGGCUUGCCAGAGUGCGUGCAGCGUUUUUGAUACCGAUGAGUAUUGUUGUAGGGGGGCGUUCUCCACUCCUAUGGCAUGUCAGCCCACAAACUACUCAAGAAGUUUCAAAACAGCCUGCCCUGCAGCUUACAGCUUUGCUCACGACGAUCCCACGAGCAUCAUAACAUGCUCGGCCACUGAUUACGUCGUGUCGUUUUGUUCCUCAAGGAACCAAACGCAGUGCACAUUUCACGACAAUCAGCUUACUUGUAAUAGAGCAAUGGGGACGUCGGAGGGAAUGUUUCGACUGUGGAAGCUUUUGUUGACGGCAUUGGCCGCGGCGGUUGGCGUUCCGGCGAUGCUGUGAUUCAAUUCUUGAUUUGUGUAGUUAAUUUUGUUAUUGAGAAUUGAGAGGAUGGUUCUUGCUGUGGCAAUUUUGCAUUACUGUGAUUGUUUUUGGAACAUGUGGAGAGCCCUUUUAGGAUCUUUUCCUCAAAUGUUUUGCACCCAAAUUCAAAUUCUGUACACUGACGUCUGCAUUUCAUUUUAUAAAAUUCAAAUUAAAUGUUAAUUAAGUGGAUGA